ACAGCAUGAGCGCUGUCACUUUGACACUGAACGAGGCAGGCGCGUGAGCUUCAGUCGUCUCGUUCAUUUACCCCCAUUUUCCGUUUCCCCCGUCGACAACUCAUUAUCUUUUAAUUUCUUUGUCUAUCGUGCCGUCAUUUUCAAAGCACCGCGUCGCCAUGUACCGGUAUUUCGGGGAGCUGCUGACUCGCACAGCGGGUAACGCGUUGGCCUCGGGAUGCGUCGAGUCCGCUCUGCCGGCUUCCUCAUCUCUGCUGAGGACGCGCCACUACAGCGAUGCCGCCGACAAAGAGGACGACCCCAACUUCUUCAGGAUGGUGGAGGGCUUUUUUGAUCGCGGCGCUGCUAUUGUCGAAAACAAGCUUGUGGAGGACCUGAAGACCCGCGAGACACCCGAGCAGAAGAGACUGCGUGUGCGUGGGAUCCUGGGGAUCAUCAAACCCUGCAACCACGUCCUGAGUGUAUCCUUCCCCAUCAAGAGGGACAACGGGGAGUGGGAGGUGAUCGAGGGUUAUCGGGCACAACACAGUCAGCACAGAACACCUUGCAAAGGGGGUAUACGAUACAGCAUGGAUGUGUCUGUGGAUGAGGUUAAAGCUUUGGCUUCGUUGAUGACAUACAAGUGUGCUGUUGUGGAUGUGCCAUUUGGUGGAGCUAAAGCUGGUGUGAAAAUCAACCCCAAGAAUUAUUCUGACAACGAGUUGGAAAAAAUCACAAGAAGAUUCACGAUUGAGCUGGCCAAAAAGGGAUUCAUUGGACCUGGCAUUGAUGUCCCUGCCCCUGACAUGAGCACCGGUGAGAGGGAGAUGUCCUGGAUCGCUGACACCUAUGCUAACACUAUUGCCCACACUGAUAUCAAUGCUCAUGCCUGUGUGACUGGUAAGCCCAUCAGCCAGGGUGGUAUUCAUGGGAGAAUCUCAGCCACUGGUCGUGGAGUCUUCCACGGCAUUGAGAACUUCAUCAAUGAAGCCUCCUUCAUGAGCAAGCUGGGACUGACUCCUGGAUUUGCAGACAAAACCUUUAUCAUUCAGGGUUUUGGUAAUGUAGGUCUGCAUUCCAUGCGUUAUCUUCACCGUUAUGGUGCCAAAUGUGUGGGAAUUGCAGAGAUCGAUGGCAGCAUUUGGAACCCCAAUGGCAUGGACCCAAAAGAGCUGGAGGACUAUAAACUGCAACACGGCACUAUUGUGGGCUUCCCGGGCGCUCAGCCCUAUGAGGGAAACAUUCUGGAAGCUCAGUGUGAUAUCCUCAUCCCUGCCGCUGGAGAGAAACAGCUGACCAAGAAGAACGCUCAUAACAUCAAAGCCAAGAUUAUUGCUGAAGGUGCUAAUGGUCCCACCACACCAGAAGCUGAUAAGAUCUUCUUGGAGAAGAACGUCAUGGUCAUUCCGGACAUGUACCUUAAUGCUGGAGGUGUUACAGUCUCCUACUUCGAGUGGUUGAAGAACCUGAACCACGUCAGCUACGGUCGCCUGACCUUCAAGUAUGAGAGGGACUCCAACUACCACCUGCUCAUGUCAGUGCAAGAGAGUCUUGAAAGGAAGUUCGGCAAACAGGGAGGCCCCAUUCCUAUUGUCCCCACUGCUGAUUUCCAGGCCCGGGUUGCUGGCGCCUCGGAGAAAGACAUUGUGCACUCUGGUCUUGCCUACACCAUGGAGAGGUCGGCUAGGCAAAUUAUGCGCACUGCAAACAAGUACAACCUGGGCUUGGAUUUGAGGACGGCAGCUUACGUCAACGCCAUAGAGAAAGUCUUCAAGGUGUACAAUGAGGCUGGCCUGACCUUUACAUAAAUCACCCAUAAUUCCCUCUGCAAACCACUUUAUCGUUCUCUCUUGAUUCUCCCAUAACCCGUUUAACAUAUCAGAGUUUACAUUAGGCUGACCCCAAUCUCUCCUAGUCUGUAAUACCAUCACAUUGCCAUGCACCCUAAAUUCCGUCCACCCAAGUUGUUUAUUCUGUUGUGAGGCUGCAGGUUUGACCACUUCGCUGUACAUUUAUGUGGCCUAAAGUCUUGAAAUGACUCGUGUUUUCUCACGUUCUUGUGUCUUUUAUUUUUGUUUUCAUUUGUGGUUAGCUUUUCAGAUGCAACUGUAGCGUGCCAUUUGUCCUAUUUGUUGCAUUCUGUCACCUUUAAAUGUUAAGUGGUGCAUUUUUGUUCUCUGCCAUGUAGCAGUAGGUUUUAUUUACAUAGUGUUGGAGACUAUAAAAAUUGCUACAGGAAUGAAAGAUGCCUUACACCUUUAAGCAGGAGUUUUAUACUUGGAGGAAUGAUUUAGUUUAUCGCUAGUACAUCACACAAAGAGAAACCUAUUGUUUAAUUUGUCUAAUCUCAAUGUUGAACUCUAGAAAUGUAAAAAUGUCUAGUGAACUACGUGCAGUACUUUUGUACUUUUAGGACAGAUUUUGUUUGUAUCAAAGGCAUAGCUUUGUAACUUCUAGAGAUCUGUUCUGCUAGUUUUUAACAUGCAGUGAAAACCAUUAAGCAUUCUUCUUAGUAGGAUGCUUAAAUGAGAGCAUUUGUUCACCGACUGUAUCUGCCACCUUAUCCCAAAUAUUGCCUUUUUUGUUGAGAAUAAAAGAAACAAUCAUAA